AUGUGUCUGCGCCUUGGCGGCUUGAGUGUGGGUGACUUCCGGAAGGUGCUGAUGAAGACAGGGCUGGUGCUGGUGGUGCUGGGCCACAUGAGCUUCAUUGCGGCCGCUCUGCUCCACGGGACUGUGCUGCGCUACGUGGCUGCCCCUGACAAUGCUGUGGCUCUGCAGUACUGCGUGGUCAACAUCCUCUCUGUCACCUCUGCCAUUGUGGUCAUCUCCGCAGGCAUCGCCACCAUUGUGUUGUCACGCUACCUCCCCAGCAUCCCCCUGCGCUGGAUAGUAUUCAGCUCAAGCAUAGCCUGUGCCCUCCUCGCACUGACUUGUGCCCUUGGCCUCUUGGCCUCCAUCGCUGUGACCUUUGCCACCCAGGGCCGUGCACUGCUGGCCACCUGCACCUUUGGCAACCCUGGACUACCGCCACCAUCGCCCGACUGUCCCUUUGACCCCACACGCAUUUAUAGCUCCAGCCUGUGUCUCUGGGGAAUCGCACUGCUGUUCUGUGUGGCAGAGAGUGUGUUUGCUGUGCGCUGCGCCCAACUUGCCCACCAGCUGCUGGAACUGAGGCCCUGGUGGGGGAAGAGCAGCCAUCACCCGAUACCAGAGAGCCCAGAGCCCAUCGAGGGCCAUGACCUGCUGAGUUGCACCAGCGCAGAGCCAUUGACUUUGUGA